ACUUGAAGGAGUGGCCGGGGCAGAUGUGGAGUAUGGAGGCGGUGGUGUUCGUCUUCUCUCUCCUCGAUUGCUGUGCGCUCAUCUUCCUCUCCGUCUAUUUUAUAAUAACACUGUCUGAUUUAGAAUGUGAUUACAUUAAUGCUAGAUCAUGUUGCUCAAAAUUAAACAAGUGGGUCAUUCCGGAGUUGAUCGGCCACACCAUUGUCACUGUAUUAAUGCUCGCUUCAUUGCACUGGUUCCUCUUUCUUCUUAACAUGCCUGUUGCUACAUGGAAUAUAUAUCGGUUCAUUAUGGUGCCAAGUGGAAACAUGGGAGUGUUUGAUCCGACAGAAAUACACAAUCGAGGGCAGCUGAAGUCACACAUGAAGGAAGCAAUGAUCAAACUUGGUUUUCACUUGCUUUGCUUCUUCAUGUAUCUGUACAGUAUGAUUUUAGCUCUGAUCAAUGACUGAAGCUGAGCUGAAGCCAGGAGUGAAGCCAGUCUACACUACAGUGCACUGUUGAGGAGCCAGAGACUAAUCAUCCUUAGAAUCAUGACCAUAGCAGUAUAUUUUUUCCUCUGUGAACAAAAAACUAUUUUUGCUGUAUUUUUACCAUAUAAAGUAUUUAAAAAAUAUG